CUGAACAUUCCGCGUUACGUACAAACAAAUAACACAUACAAAAUGGUGUCCGACUUCAGAAGGAAAAAGUUGAUGUUCAUGUUCAAAUUCUUGGACAAGGACGGCAGCGGCACCAUCGAAAAGAAGGACUUCUUACUGGCAGCGGAACACGCGGCGAAACAGAGAGGAUGGGCCGAAGGGUCUGACUUGUAUAAAGAAUGCUUUGACACCGUCGAGAUGGUAUGGGAUGCCUUGGAAAAGGUAGGAGACGCGAACAGCGAUGGUCAAGUGAGUGCAGAUGAAUGGGUCACAAUGUGGGACACGAUCAGCAAGAGCGCUGCUGACCGCGACUGGUUGAACAAGUACUGCAAAUUCGUCUUCAAAAUGCAGGACUUGAACGGUGAUGGCUUCAUCGACAGUGAUGACUUUGUAGCUGCGAGCACAAAAUCCGGUAACACUAAGGAGAAUGCUUUGGAAGCGUUCCAGAAACUAUCGCAAGGUAAAUCACAGAUCACGUUGACGGACUUCCAAAAAUUGUGGGACGAGUAUUUUAUCACUGAAGAUCCAAAUGCACCAGGAAACUUCAUCAGCGGCAGGCCUAGCUUUGAUUAGUGAUGGGUUUUUCUAGAUUUAUUUUGGUAUUAUUAAUUUACGAAAAUAUUUAUUAUGUGAUAUGGCCCGUGUAAUUUAAAAUUGCAUUGAAAUGUUAGUCAUUGUUAGUGUGUUUGUAAAUAGAAAUGUUUUUAUUAAAACUUUUGAAAAUUGAAAA